GUUUCUUGGGCUGGCCUGGACGAACAGGGAGCCAGGAGCUCGACCCCGGCUGUCGGAGGCGCAGUGAGGCCUGGUCUCUGGCUGCCAGACCAUGCUGGGCAGAGCACACGGCAGGCUCGGCUCAGCGCUGCGGGGCGCGGUCACCCAUAGGUGCCUGCACGCGUCGGGGUCGCGGCCUUUGGCCGACAGGAGCAAGAAGACUGAGGAGCCGCCCCACGCCUUCGAUCCGGCGCUGGAGUUACUGGUGUGCCCGCUCUCCAAGAAGCCGCUCAGAUAUGAAGCAUCAACAAAUAAAUUGAUUAAUGAAGAGUUGGGAAUAGCUUAUCCAAUCACUGAUGGGAUUCCUAAUAAUAUCAUAUUAGGCAGCUAG